ACAAGCCGCUUCGCCCACUUGGGGGCGUGUUGUCUUCGGAGGGUGUGUGCGUUCCCGCAGCAACAGGGAAGAUGGCAGCCCUCGCAUCUCUCACCCAGUUGUCAAGUGGGAACCCUGUAUACGAAAGCUUUUAUAGACAGGUUGAUCCUGGGAAUACAGGACGAGUAGGGCCAACAGAAGCUGCCUUGUUCUUGAAGAAAUCCGGGCUGCCCGACAUCACAUUAGGAAAGAUCUGGGAUUUAGCUGACCCGGAUGGCAAAGGCUAUCUUGACAAACAGGGGUUUUAUGUGGCCCUACGGCUGGUGGCGAGUGCUCAGAGCGGACAGGAAGUCAGCCUAUCCAGUCUCAACCUCAACGCCCCCCCGCCCAAGUUUAAGGACACCAGCAGCCCGUCUCUGAGCAGCACCUCUUCGGUCCCCAUCGAGCCUCACUGGGCCGUCAGGCCUGAGGAGAAGAGUAAAUUUGACGGCAUAUUUGAAAGCCUGGCGCCGGUCAACGGACUGCUUUCAGGAGAGAAGGUCAAACCAGUCCUCAUCAACUCCAAGCUACCUCUGGACGUCCUCGGAAAGGUGUGGGACCUCAGUGACAUUGAUAAAGAUGGACAUCUGGAUAAGGACGAGUUUGCAGUGGCCAUGCACCUGGUGUACCGUGCGCUGGAGAAGGAGCCCGUCCCGGCGCUGCUGCCCUCCUCGCUCAUCCCACCCUCCAAGAGGAAGAGGAGCUUGGGCUCCGUGACGGCAGGGCCCCCAAGCCUCCCGGCCAGCCCGCCUCCGCCCAAGGACUCCCUGCGCUCCACUCCCUCGCACGGCAGCAUGAACUCCCUCAACAGCGCGGGCAGUCUGUCUCCCAAACACACGCUCAAAUCAGGACAGCAUACGGUGAACUGGGUGGUCCCUGUGUCAGAGCGCGGCCGCUACGAUGACAUCUUCCUGAAGACGGAUGCCGACAUGGACGGCUUCGUCAGCGGCCUGGAGGUCAAAGAGAUCUUCAUCCACUCUGGCCUUCACCAGAACCUUCUGGCCCACAUCUGGGCGCUGGCUGACACCAGGCAGAUAGGGAAGCUGAGCCGGGAGCAGUUUGCUCUCGCCAUGCACCUCAUCCAGCAGAAGGUCGGCAAAGGCAUCGACCCCCCGCAGUCCCUCACCCCGGACAUGAUCCCGCCAUCGGAGAGGAGCACCCCUGUGCCCAGUUUGUCUGGCUACAUGACCCCUGUGGGAUCAGAGAUGGUGGCUCUGUCUGAGAUGAGAAGGGCUAUAAUGUACAAGCUAUGGGACAGCUCCAGUUCGGUAGGCUCCGGGGAAUUUACGGGCAUCAAGGACCUGGACGACCUCAGCCAGGAGAUUGCUCAGCUCCAGAGCACUCUUGCAUUUACCCAGUGGAAUGCUCUCAGAGAGAAGUUUACACUGGAGCAGGACAUCCGAGAGACGGAGGACGCCAUCAGACACAAGGGUUCAGAGGUGCAGGAGAUGCAGAACGAGCUGGAUCGUGAGACAGCCAGUCUGCAGGAACUAGAAGCUCAGAAGCAGGAUGCUCAGGACCGGCUGGAUGAGAUGGACCAGCAGAAAAACAAGCUGGAGGACAUGAUGAACGAAGUCCGCAUCAAGUGUCAGGAGGAGUCCCAGAUGAUCUCGUCUUUGCAGAACCAGAUCCACUCCCAGGAGUCGGACCUGCAGAGCCAGGAGGAGGAGCUGUGCCGGGCCAAGGCGGACCUGGGCCACCUGCAGCAGGAGGAGAACCAGCUUGAGCAGAGCCUGGCCGCCGGCAAGCUCCAGCUGGAGACCAUCAUCAAGUCCCUCAAGGCCACGCAGGACGAGAUCAACCAGGCCCGCAGCAAGCUGUCCCAGAUCCAGGACAGCCAGCUGGAGGUGUCCAAAAGCAUCGAACAGUACAACAGCAGCCUGAAUGGCACCCAUGGGGGCAGUAUGACCAACCUGGCAGACAUGAGUGAGGGCUUCACCGACCGGGAGAACGGAGGAUUCCCCCUCAUGGAGGACCCAUUUAAGAUGAAGCAGUCGGUGUUCAAUAGCCUGCCGCCGGAAGUCCACCCCGACCCCUUCACCACAGAAGACCCCUUCAAAACAGACCCCUUCAAAGGCGACCCCUUCCAGAAUGAUCCCUUCGCCAAGCAGCCAGUGGCAGCAGCCAGCGCAGAUGUGUGUCCGCUCCCCCCAGACCCGUUCGGAGGAGAUCCAUUCAAGGAGGCCGAUCCGUUCAAGGCCUCAUCCGAAGACUUCUUCAAGAAGACAGCAAAGGCAGACCCCUUCUCCAAUGCGGACCCAUUCAGUAAAAGCACCACACUCCCAUCCAAGCAGACCACCAGUCACUUUACAAGCAGUGACCCAUUCAUAUCAACUAGCCCCAAACCCAAAGGACCAGACCUGUUUGGCACGUUGGACCCAUUCGGCAGUGGUUCCUUUAGCAGCGGUGGCGGCGGCAGCAGCACCAGCAGCGCUGGGGGCUUUGCGGAUUUUAGCCACAUGGCAAAGACAAGGGACCCGUUCGAAGGCAGGGCCAGCUGGCUGCCCGACUACCAGAAGUCAGGGUUUGUAGAUGAUCCAUUUACCCGGAAGAAUGACACACCAGCUCUACCACCGAAGAAGACCGUUCCUCCGAGGCCGAAACCCCCCAGUGCGUCUUCUCUUAGCAGAGGCAGAGCAGCAUUCAGUAAGACCACCCCUGUCAGCAUGUCCAGCGACCCCUGCAAACCUCCCCCGGACCCCUUCCAGCCCUUUGGAGUGGAGGCCGCUGACCCCUUCGCGAGCAAAAAGACCCUGGGAGACCCUUUCAGCGGCAAAGACCCCUUCGCCCCGUUUUCAGCAACAAGACCUGAAAAACCCAAGUUUGGGAACGAGGCCCAGCAGAUGGAGUGGGCCAAGCGGGAGAGCGAGCGGGCCGAGCGAGAGCGGCUGAAGAGGUUGCGGCUGCAGGAGCAGGAGGACCUGGAGCUGGCCAUUGCCCUGAGCAAGGCAGAGAUGGCAUGACCUGAGACACACACACACACACACACACACACAUGCACACGCACACACGCAUAGACAUAGAUCAGUACAGGACUAACCCUCGAGACUGUUGAGACUCGCAUACAUGUAAACUCAUCUCAAACGCAUUCUAACGUUUUCCUUCAUUAGAGAAAAAAAAAGGACAAAAUACAACAUUUGCACAUAAGAGCUACUACUGCUGAACGUGCAACCCCCCCCCCCCCCCCCCCCCCCUCCCGCCCACACACUCAACUGGAAAAACAGAACGAAUGAAAAAAAUCAAGCAAACUUCUGGAUGGGUCUUCGCACUGCGACCCAAAGUAGACGUACCCCUUCUAUCUCCCAUGUGGUCGGGUCAGAAGCACAGGGUUGUGAGCCCACAAUCAGUUGACAUGUCUGGUGAAUGUGAGCAGAUGAGACAAGGCUACUGAAGGGUGGGCCUGUUCGUUGAAGAGAGGGUUGUUUUGUUGUUAUUGUUGUUAUUGUUGUUUGGAUUUGGAUGAGGCGAUGCACUGGGCUAUAUGGGUUAUAUGCACUAUAGUGGCUGGAAGAGGUGGCCCAUAUGCUUAACGUGACUGUACGUAAGUCUAGUGUCACUGGAUCGCCAAUGCCUUUUUUAGUGAGGAAUUCCUUGACACUUUUAAAGUCAGUGUUCAUUUUUUCAGGUCUCUCUGGUAGAUUAACUGUUUCCUAAUGUUUCCUAAGUAAUCUCAGUUUGUUUGUUUUUUUAUGUUUUGAUGUAUUUCUUCCCACUCCUUGUAAGCCAAGCAGCUACUUUUCCAGGACUAGUCUUUUAUUGCUCUCUUCUCAUCAUCUAGUUGCUCAAGUAUUAAAAUGCCAAGGUAUUCCUCCAGACAGGAAUAUUUCCCCACCAAAAUACAUUGGAUUUAUAUGGUUAUAGCAUUACACUGGAUGGGCCGUGUCCCUGAAAUUCAGUAUUUCCCAAAUGCGUGACAAUGUGUGUUUCUACAGUAUCAACGUGAUGUAUGCAGCUGUAACUCUGGGGGAAAAUUAAGCAUGCAUGAGUUUUACUUUGGUAAGCCUUGAUAUUUUGGUUAUCACAACGCUUUUUUAACAAUUGAUUUGGAUUAUUUGUUUGCCGAGUGAUGAUCUUCUCUGCUAAACGCUCCUUGCUGAUGUGAAAGUAAUCGUUUUAACAGACAUCAGAUCUCCCUAGAACAUUAGAAGUUUUAAAUCACAUACCUUAGGAAAGUUGCCAAUGUGCUUCUCUAACACGCUAACUUUGAGCUGUAGAAAGAAGCUUGAGGUCCAAAUAACAUUGGAAACAAUGCAAAAGGACUACUCUCCCUUUUCUAUUGGAAUAACAGACUUAUUACACAACAUGUAAAAUAUAAGAUGACAUAAAAACCCAAUAUGGUCACACGCUUCCAUCUGAGAGUAGCAAACAUAGGUGCAUAUAUAGCAUAUGGGUCCACAGGUACCAGACCCACCCCACAGACCGCUUCUGUUGCACUGUGUCCAGUAUAGGUUAUCAGACGGCGUUCAUCUCUCAUCUCGCUCAUACAGGUGUACUAUAAACGUACUACUGUGAAAAACAAACCCCUGCUCAUCCCUACACUGAAAGGCCAGAUGAGGGAAUACAUUUCCUAUGUUUUACCUACCGUUACACUUUUUAAGAGCUCUAAUUUUACCCCUUUUGGUUUUAUUUCAAUGUGUGAUCGGUUGUAUUAUUUUUGACGUGUUUCAUUCGUUUUUAAGAGAACAUCAAAAGAGAAUGUAUAUUGUUGAGUGGUUUUAUGUUGGUGUGAAAUCAGACUGUAGAUGAACAACAGGCACAUGGUGCGGAGGGCUGGAGGCGAGUGGGAAACGUCAGGUCAUUUUGAGUUCUCACUGGUACAACGGGUCAAUGUGGGAAUACCCUUUGUUAUUUUCAAACGUAUUAAGACAUUACAUAGAACAACAUGGCCCUCUGGGUACGCUUGGUUUGGUAUGUAUGUUUUAAUAUUUUUUUUUACUUGAAUUUGCUAACCUGUUUUGUGUAGUUAGUUUCAACUCAUGUCUGGGACAGAAAGUGGGAGAAUCUGCUGGAGCCAAGCCCUGUUGUUUCCCCUCAUGCUGUGUUGUGUUUGAUACAUGUGUUAUGCUUUGUGUUAUAGUUUGUAUUUUGUUUUCAUGACCAAUGAUAAGCUUCAGUCAGUGUUUUGCUGAACAGGUUGUAACAAUACCUGUUGUAUCUUUUAGUCAUAUUUAAAUUAAGAAUACUCGCAAAGAUCAACGACCUUCAGAUUGAGUUAUUUGUCUCUCAAAUGGUCUAAGUGGAGUCAUGCUAAACUGGUUUUGUUCUGACAGUAUCUCAAUUCAAGUCACAAUUUACAUUGGCCCUGACAAGAUGAUCAGAAAUGUCCUGCAGUAAUUAUGACAUUUAAUUUCCCCCUGAGACACAUUUGUCUGCUUGGAUAGGAAAAAAGUUUCAUUCUUGUUUUUAUCCACUCCUAUUCGUUCAAAUGUAUUGAUCUCCUUGGCCGAUUCUUUAUUGUGGAAGGUUUGUGUAAUAUUGUUAUUAUUGCAUAUCAUUUGUAUUAUUUUGCUAUAGACAUGACAACCCGUAUUCUUGUGUGAGCGGCCAUCUUGUUAUAUAGCCUCUUACUCCUGUCAUUCACGUUAGCUUGCCAUAGCUUAAGAGAAGGAUUUCAAUCGUGUGUACUGUUCAUAGGCGAGAAUGCAUUAGUCUCCUCAGACUUUAGUCUUCACAACCAAAAGGGACGGCUAGUCUCAAGCUUGAAAAGCUCCCUUUCUGCUUAUACAGCCCAUUAUUCUCAAUAAGUAAUGUUAACGUUACUGACAAUGUACAUUUUAGAUGAACUAAAGUGCCACUUUUUCACCACAAUGUGACAGGAGCCCUGUGAAGGAAAAUAACUCGACAAGCGUUUUAAAAUGUCAAAGUGGCCCUUUAAAAUUAGGCCCGGGCCGUUUGUGGUGUUCUAAUCACUGCCAGAUGUCUUGGCUGCGUUCGCAGAGCAAAAACAUUGUGAAAUGUUCAGAUAGAAGCAGAAAUAUAUCAUGUAGAACAGAUGUGUCUUUUAUAGGAGGCGGAUAAGGUGAUACCGUUGGCUUUGGCCCGCGGACCCUCAAAGGAUCUCCCAACGAGAACCUUUUUUGUAUCACAGACAGCAAUCUUAUGCACACAUAACUCCUAAAGCUCACAGAGGAACAUCUCAUUUGUAAUGAGCUAUCUCGAUGGACUGAUUUGAUCCCUGUCCAGUGUGUAAAACAGAAGAAUCACAUGAGAGCAUAUAUUUCCCAUGAACGCCUGCCAUAAUUUGAAUUCCUCUUUGUACCAAUAACAUGCAAUCAAUACAUCCCAGCUUUUGCACUCGCGCGUUGGUAUAAAAAGGUGUUUUCAUGGGGAAUAAACAAGACUACCCUACUACUGUCGAAUGCUGCUGGCACAUCCAGUCACUUGACUGGACUCGCUGGGUGCUGUAGAUCCACAGCGGUUUAGAGAGGGAUGAAUGGUCAUCCGCCGCCCCGCGUCUGCUCUGUGUUGUAUAUUUCUCUGUGCUCUAGUCGUUGCUAUAGCUAGUACCUCAGCAGGUCCUCCUGCUCCAUCCAGCAAUGUAACGCUCCGUGCCGACCCACCCUCACAGACAGGUACCACGUUCAUGCUGUAUUACGUUCUAAUACCUCCACUGUGCAAUAGAUUUGGUGUUUUUACUUGUUUUUUGUUUCUCGAGAUAACUGUGACAUUUUUUUCUUUUUUGGGAUUUUUGAUAUGUAUUAUUUUUGUACAAUUUAUUUAAGCAUGACUUUAAUGCUUCGGCUGCUGUCCCUUGUUUAUCAUAUGUUUUAUUUGCUUUUAUUUCAUUCUGCCCAGAAAACCGAACAAUUCAUGAGUGGAAUCUCCAUUCAACACAACAGUGGUUCACAAAUCAUUUGAAAUCUCUACCUUUACCUGUUUACCUGUUUGAUACAGAUACUUUUUUGGAUAUUAACUUUGUUAGUCUAAUACUGCAAGGCUUGUUUAAGGGUGCCACUCUUUAUUUUAGAACGAAGAUGUUGAGUUUCCACUAAUAAGCAGGCAGAUAGAUAGAUGAUUACUAAUUGGUCAGAGACCUUUUUGUGGGGAGGGGGGCUGAAGCUAAAUGCAUUUCUGUUGUCACAUUUGACCUGCCCUUUUCAUGUAUGUGAAAUAACUCAAGCUGUCUUUAUUUAAAGAUGCAUACAAUGUGUAUACAAUCUGUAUAGUGUUCCAUGUCUGUUAUACCUAUGUCAUGUCUGAUAUAAUAUAGGAGAUAAGAAGAUUACAAAGAAAACAAAUUAAACAAAAAACAUUUGAGGGAUUUACUCCCAAUGAAAUACAAUUCAGUUUAUUUUGAAUAAUAAUUCUCACCCACGUGGUCUGUAGUAUUUACUAGAAUAAACAUUUCAGUUAAAUUAAGGGAAAUGCAGUUUUUUUUCUCAUUUACUGCCAAACAGAUAACAUCUGUGAAGCCUGCCAUGGCUGAGCAUCCAUUGUAGACCCGAAACAGAAUUUUGAAGACUUUUUUUUUAAGGGGUAAUGGAUUAUUUGACCAUUACCAUCUAGAGUAGAUCCUCCUUCUUGUGUAAGGAAUUCAAUUUCUGUCUGUUUCUCAGAGUAGUACCAGAUACACUUAUUUUGCCGUUAUUCAUCCUUUUUGAAGACUAAAACCGCUGCUGUUGUGAAGCAAAAUAAGCAAAAAAAAAUCUUUGUCUUUCUCUUUUUUCGAAAUAUGUGUUAUUUCUUUUGAAUGAGGCUCACAAUAAAGCCUACAAGUAAUCGGAGAACUAAAUGAUGUGGCUUAAAAUUGAGCCAAUGUGCCGCUUUGAGGCGACUGUAAUGUGAUUAAAGGAUACACAUGCCUCGACUUGA